AUGCAACCCCCGUCACUUGAGGCAACGGAACUUGCAUACUUUCCGCCUAAUGCGACGUCGGCACUGCAACCAAUCGACCAAGGUGUGGUCCAUUCCGUUAAGGUUGCGUACCGGACCCGCCUUACAGAGCGACUGCUUUUUGACAUGCAGGAGAAGCGGGAAACCAAAAUUGACGUGAAGUUUCCUGUGGAAGUUCUUCCGGCAGUGUGGGCACAGCUGAAAAGCGAUGUUAUUCGUAACUGCUUCCGGAAGGCAGGCUUUUGCCGAGCGAAUAACGCACCCAGCACUGCACCACAAGAUCCAUGUGUGCCAAGUGUGUGGCCCCAAAUUCAAGAAGCUUUCGGGGCCGAAGACUUUGCCGACUUCGUCAGUUUUGAUAAUGGAAUCGUCGACAGCGAACAACUGACGGACGACGAGAUCGUAGCACUCGUGAAGAACUCUUCUGACUCUCUAUCAGAAGACGACAGUAGCGAAGAGGCUGAAGCUCCUGCUAAGCUUUCUUCGUCCCAGGCCAUUGACUACAUUGAGGCCGUGAAAGGAUAUUUCCUGCAGCAGCAGCAAGGUGACUGCUCCGCGGAAGUUCUGCAGCUCACAGAAAUGCAGCACAAGGUGACCGCGGCUUCUCUGGCAGGAGCUAAGCAAGCCCUCAUCACUCACUAUUUUGUGAAAUAA